AUGCUCAGCAAUCGCUUGGUGGUUGGCCUAGACUAUGGCACAACGUAUACAGGUGUUGCGUUCUGCGAGACCUCUGACACUGGAAUCGUUGGAAAAGACAUUUUGGUGAUCAAAGACUGGCCCUCUCGACACACCAAGAUCGGCACGAAGGAGAAGGUUCCGAGUGAGAUUGCACUCAAAGACCGUACCAAAUGGGGCUCCCUCAUCGCUCCAAAUGAGAAGCGCCAUAUGUGGACCAAGUUGCUUCUGGAUCAGCCAAAGGCUGGCGAAGUGGACGUCAUCAUGAAGGAGCUGUGUCUCAACGACAAGAACGGACCAUCCAACAAGCCGGUCGAUAUCAUUGCGGACUAUCUAAAACACAUCAAGACUCAUCUAGUCAAGAAUCUUGACAUCCAGUACAGCAAAGGCCUCUGGUCGACCCUGCCAAUGACGCUGGUGGUUACCGUCCCGGCUGUCUGGUCAGAUGCUGCGAAGAACGCCACGCUACAAGCUGUCAACAAGGCCGGUUUCAACAGCAUCGAGCUACCUCAGUUGAAACGCACUGUAGUUACGACUGAGCCCGAAGCUGCUGCUAUCUAUACCAUUCAAUCUCUUCGUGGAGGUAUUCAAGAUGACCAGUUCGCCAUCGGUGAUGGUUUCAUUGUCUGCGACAUGGGAGGAGGUACCAUAGACCUCAUCUCUUACCGUGUCGCCGAAUUGAAUCCGACGACCUUGGAAGAAGCUACGGUGGGAAGUGGUGAUCAGUGCGGCGGUAGCUUUGUCGAGCGAGGCUUCCUGAAGUGGCUGGAACGCCGUCUAGGCACCGCCGACUUCAUGUCGAUCGCUGGAAAUAGGAGUGAGAACUUACCUCGUACUUCAUUGUCUGCGAAGCUGAGUCGUAUGGUCCAAGACUUUGUCCUUGAGGUCAAGACUGGUUUCUCUGGUUUCGAGAUCAACUUUCUCCGUCUGCCCAUUCCUCUGAGUUCCAUUGAAGACGAUGAGGAUAGAGGUAUCCAGGACGGCGAGAUCAGGAUCACUGCAACCGAUUUGCAGGAAAUGUUCGAAUUUCCACUCCUUCGCACGUAUGAGCUUCUACUUGGCCAGAUUGAACAGGCCCGCCACACACGUAACGUGGAGCUCAAGUCUGUCUUCAUGGUUGGUGGAUUCUCCGAGUCGCCCUACAUCUACGAAAAGGUUAAGGCAUUCGCGGAGAAGAAUGGUCUACAAGCAAUUCGACCUCCUCAUGCCUGGUCCGCUAUUGUUCGCGGCGCAGCUGCCAAGGGUCUUGAAGGUGACGGCCGUGCCGAGAUCAAGAAUCGCAAGUGUCGUAGGUACUACGGAACCAGCUAUAACGCUCACUUCAUUCCAGGAAAGCACAAGGAAAUCGAUUCUUUCAUAUCAGAAUUCGACGGUGUCAAGCGGGCGAGCAAUCAGGUGGAGUGGAUUCUGAAGAAGGGUCAAGACCUUGCGACGAAAUCAGCGUCCCAUGGAAGCAUGAGGUUCCACCAGAACUUUUGGGUAGGUGAUGAACGCUCAACGAGCUUGUCUCUUCUGGCGAGCGAUUCCUACCAGGCUCCACUUCGGUCCAAGGAUCAGAAAGUCUACAAGGUUGCCUCACUGGCAGUUGACUUGAGUGGUGUUCCUGAGAGCGCAUUCACGACUAGCCGAAGCGUGUCUGGUGGAUUCUACAGUACACUCCACUACCAGGUCGAGAUGACUAUCCAGUCUUCUCUGGAGUUCUCUCUCUUGGUCAACGGCGUUCGUUACGGCGCUGUCACUGCCAACUACGCCUAG